AUGCCCAUACUCCACGAUUCGAAUUCUUCGUCGGUCGGCGAGUUGGCUGAGAGUAAAACGGAGACUGAGAAGGCAAUAUGCGGCAGCCGGACACAGACGCUGUGCGAGGACGGGGCGAUCACUCCCACCAGUUGUACUCCUUCCACCCCGACCUUAGCCGAAAGUAAUACCUCAGUAGAGGAAUGCUACACGGUCACCUGGGAUGGGCCGGACGACCCCGAGAACCCCAAGAACUGGAGUACCUGGCGGAAAUGGGCGACCUCACUGAUCAUAUCUGCCUUUGCCUUCCUCUCGCCGUUGUGCUCGUCGAUAACGGCCCCGGCUCUCACCUCGAUCGGCGAAGAACUGCACAUCCCGGGCGGCGCCCAACUCCAACUUGUUCUCUCCGUCUAUCUCCUCGCCUACGCUCUCGGGCCGUUCGUUCUCUCGCCAUGCUCCGAGGUUUGGGGCCGAAUGCCUGUCAUCCGGACGGCAAACGUUGUCUUCCUUAUCUUCACCACCUUGUGUGGCUUCGCAACAUCGCAAUCCCAGAUCACAGCCUUUCGUUUUCUCGCAGGGCUCGGGGGUAGUGCUAGCGUCGGGAUGGGUGGUGGUGUGCUCACGGACUGCUGGAGGCCCGAGGAGCGCGGACGUGGCUUCGCCGUAUACCAGCUCGCGCCCGUGCUGGGACCGGCUGUGGGCCCAAUUGUUGGCGGCUAUAUAACCCAGUAUACAACUUGGCGGUGGUCCUUCUGGGUUGUCGUCAUCGUCAACGUCGUGGUCCAAAUCAUCAGCUUCUUCUUCCUCCAGGAGACCUACCCCCCGCGUCUGCUCCAACUCAAGGCCCGGGCCCUUCGUACCCGCAGCGGCAAGGCCGAGUUCCGCACCGAGUGGGAGCAAUCCGAGACGGACAGGACACUGGUCGGGCUCCUGCGCGUCGCCCUGUCGCGGCCGUGGGCCAUGCUGGGCACGCAGCCCAUUAUCCAGGUCCUGGCGCUCUAUCAAGCCUUCAACUUUGGCACCUUGUACCUGCUCAUAUCCAGCUUCCCGGCGUUGUGGGAAGGGCGGUACGGCAUGCCUCGCGGGGACGCCACUCUCAACUACAUCUCACUCGCUGUCGGCUCGCUUAUCGGCGUCUACAUCUGCGCUCCCGCUACAGAUCGCGUGUAUGCCAGGCUCAAGCGGCGUUACGGCAUCCCCGAAGAUGAGCACGGGCUGCCCGAGUUUCGCGUGCCGCUGAUGGUGCCAGCAUCCAUCAUCACCCCGUGCGGCAUCUUUCUUUAUGGGUGGGCAGCCGAGGCCAAGCUACACUUCCUGGUGGCUAAUAUUGGAGCGACAAUCUUUGCUGGCAGCUCUAUGAUUACAUUCCAGUGCACGUCGUCGUAUAUUGCCGAUGCGUACAACCUCCACUCGGCGUCGGCGUCAGCUGCAUGCUCCUUCCUCCGCUCUGUGCUCGGCUUCGUGUUCCCGCUGUUCGUACCGGCUCUUUUCGGCAGCUUAGGCUAUGGUUUGGGCGGCAGCUUGCUGGGCCUUAUCGCCAUUGUCAUCGGCAUCCCGGGACCGUGGGUCAUCUGGUUUUUUGGGCAGAGGCUGAGGGGCGCCAGCAGGUUUGCUAAAAAGUCGCUGCCAACGGGGAAGGUAUAG